AAUGUGUUAUAUGUAAGGCGUAAAACAAAUCACACUGUAACCUGUACAACUCCACACUUGAACUGUGUACCUGCAUGAAAACCUGAUCAGAGUCGGGAUAGUUAGUAUUAUUCAGCUAAGUAUAUGUCACACACACACACACACACACACACACGAGUUUACUUCCUGUAUAAUAAAGACACAGACAUCUGGAGAUUUAACUGGCUGUGACGACAGCUGUGGAUGUAAAUCUGGUCAGUCAGGUCGCAGAGGAUGCUUAGGUCAGUGGGAGGUGAAGUAAACUGUGUGGAUCAACAACAACCUCAUAAAAUACAACCAAAUAUGAGUGCUUUCGGGAAGGACGAAGGGCUCAAAGCAGAGUCUUCCAGCUGUCUGUCUCUGAAGAGUGACCAUUCCAAAGAUAUUCCUCUCGCCUUCAGUAAUGAACCAGGACUAUUCGACGUAGAAGAGAAAACGACGAGCAGUGUUACUGAGGAACAGCUGCCAUGUUGUGCUUUGUGCCAGGACGUCCUGAGGAAUCCAAGGUCGACCCCCUGUGGACACUGCUUCUGCAGGGAUUGCACUGACUCAUACUGGGAGCAAUGUGAUUCAGCAGGAGACCCUCCCUGUCCCCAGUGUGGAAAAAGAUCCAGAAAAAGUCCUGAACUGCAAACACCCAGUCAAAACAGCACUGAACCAAUUACUGGUAGUCUGCAGGAGGUUUUAGAUUAUCAUAAGAUCAGUCUCAGAAGAAGAUGUGAAUUUGCAAUAGAAGGAACUGGUGAAACAGGACCUCGAACCCGCCUGAACAGGAUCUACACUGAGCUUUACAUCACUGAGGGACAGUGUGAAGGAGUUAAUAUCCAGCAUGAAGUGUGGCAACUUGAGACAAUAUCCAAAGUGGAAACCCUGCGUGAAACUCCAAUCAAAUGCCACGCCAUCUUUAAAGUCUUACCUGGCCAAAAGAGAUUAAUCAGAGUAGUUCUUACCAAUGGCAUUGCUGGCAUCGGAAAAACCUUCUCAGUGCAGAAGUUUACUCUUGACUGGGCUGAGGGCAAGGAAAAUCAAGAUGUCAGCGUUGUGAUUCUGCUUACGUUCCGGGAGCUGAACUUGAUCAAAGAGGAGCAGUACAGUCUUCUCAAGCUUCUUCGUGACUUUGAUCCAACACUACAGAAUGUCACAGCAGAAAGACUUGCUCUCUGUAAAGUUCUGUUAAUCUUUGACGGCCUGGAUGAAAGUAGACUUUUGCUGGAUUUCCAGAACAACGAGGUUGUGUCCGAAGUCACACAGACAUCAUCGGUCAACUUGCUGUUGACAAACCUCAUCAAGGGUAAUCUGCUUCCCUCAGCUCUCCUUUGGAUAACCUCCAGACCUGCAGCAGCCAAUCAGAUCCCUCCUUCAUAUGUUGAUAGAAUAACAGAAGUGCGAGGAUUCACUGAUGCUCAGAAGGAGGAGUACUUCAGGAGGAGAUUCAAUGAUGAUUCAUUGUCUGGCAGAAUCAUCUCACACAUCAAGGCAUCCAGGAGCCUUUACAUCAUGUGUCACAUCCCAGUGUUCUGUUGGAUCACUGCUACAGUUCUGGAGCACAUGUUGACUGCGGACCAAAAAGAGCUUCCCAAGACUCUGACCGAGAUGUACGCACACUUUCUGCUGGUCCAGUCUAAGAGGAAGACACAGAAGUACGAUAAGGGGCAUGAGAGAAUCCAACAAGAGCUGAGUGACGUAGAAGUCCUCUUGAAGUUGGGGAGACUUGCAUUUGAGCAUCUGGAAAAAGGGAGCAUCAUGUUCUACCAAGAAGACCUGGAACGAUGUGGUCUUGGUGUGGAAGAAGCCUUAGUUUUCUCAGGACUGUGCACAGAAAUCUUCAAAAGAGAGUGUGUACUCUUUCAGAAAAUGGUUUACUGCUUUGUUCAUUUAAGUAUUUAGGAGUUUCUCGCUGCUGUCUACAUGGUCCAUUGUUACCUGAACAAGAACAUCGAAGUUCUGGCCACUUUCCUGGGAGAAGACUGGGAUAAAAAAAGCAGUGAUGUGGGUCUGGAUGACUUCCUCAGUCGAGUUGUGGAGAAAUCCCUCAACAGUGUAAAUGGCCACCUCGACCUCUUUGUUCGCUUCCUUCAUGGCCUGUUAUUGGAGUCCAACCAUUGUCUCCUUGGAGGUCUGCUUGGCUGGACAGCGAGCAGCCCAGAAGUAAUCCAGAGAGCAAUAAACAACCUGAAGAAAAUGAAUGCUUAUGAUAUCUCUCCUGACAGAAGCAUCAACGUCUUCCACUGUUUGAUGGAGAUGAAAGACCACUCGGUGCAUUUGGAGAUCCAAGAGUACCUGCAGUCAGACAACAGAUCAGAGAAGAAGCUCACCAAGACCCAUUGCUCAGCUCUUGCCUACAUGCUGCAGAUGUCGGAAGAGGUUCUAGAGGUGUUGGAUCUGAAGAGGUACAAUGCAUCAGUUGAUGGACGGCGGAGACUGCUCCCAGCUGUGAGAAACUGCAGAGAAGCUCGACUCUCUGGCUGUGGACUCUCUGAAACGCAUUGUGAAGUUCUGUCCUCAGCUCUGAUGUCCAACCCCUCCCACCUGCAAAAGCUGGACCUGAGUGAAAAUGACUAUCUGCUGGAUUCAGGAGUGAAGCUGUUGUCUGUUGGGCUGGGGAGUCCAAAUUGUAGACUGGAGAUUCUCAGGUUGAAGAACUGCAGUUUGUCAGAAAGUUGUUGUGAUUCCCUGGCAUCGGCACUGAAGUCCACCUCUUCUCACCUGAGAGAGCUGGACCUAAGUAACAACAACUAUCUAAAGGAUUCCGGGGUGAAGCUACUGUGCACUGGACUGGAGAGUCCGCACUGCAGACUGGAGACUCUGAGAUUAAGUUGCUGCAGGCUGUCAGAGAGCUGCUGUGCCCAUUUGGCCUCAGCUUUGAAGACCAACCCCUCCCACAUGACAGAGCUCGACCUGAGUAAAAACAAAGUGAAGGAUUUAGGGGUAAAUCUGCUGUCUGCUGCACUGGAGAGUCCUCGGUGUAGACUGAAGUAUCUGCGGCUUGAUAGAUGUGGUCUCACAGAGAACUGCUGUACAUCUUUGGCCUCAGCCAUGGCCAAGUCCAACCCCUCCAGCUUGAGAGAGUUGGAACUGAGUAGCAACGAUCUGCAGGAUUCAGGAGUGAAGCUGUUGUGUGUUGGACUGGAGAGUCCGCAUUGUGGACUGGAAGCUCUGAGACUGAGGUGCUGCUGGUUGUCAGAGAGUUGCUGUGCUUCUCUGGCGUCAGCUUUAAAGUCCAACCCCUCCAGUCUGAGAGAGCUUGACCUCAGUGAAAAUGAUCUACAGGAUUUGGGAGUGAAGCACCUGACUGCUGGAUUGGAGAGUCCACACUGCAGACUGGAGACUCUGAGGUUGAAGCGUUGCCAGGUCACAGAUGAAGGCUGUGCCUUUCUGGUAUCAGCUCUGAAGUCCAAUCCAUCCUGUCUGACAGAGCUGGACCUGAAUGAAAACAGCCUGCAGGAAACUGGAGUGAAGCUGCUGUCUGGCGUCCUGGAGAGUCCAAACUGCAGACUGGAGACUCUCAGAAUGGAGGAAAUGGAGUAAACUUGGAGUGCAUCCAUCUGACUAUAAUGCAUCUUAUCAUUGGCCAUGAUGCGUUUCUGACUCCGGUGCUGCGAAAAUCUGCAACGUUACAGCCCCAAAUCAAGAAAAUAACAUUUUUCUUUUUACUGUAGUGCUAUUUAUCAGUCUAGAUGUACAGAUGUCUGCCUUCUCCCCAAUAUAAUGGAACUAGGUGGCACUCGGCUUGUGGUGCUCAAAGCGCCAAAAAAUACAUUAAAAAAACUCAAUAAUAAUGCCUCUUUCCAGAAAUUAUUACACGGUUACUCAAGAUAAUCCACAGACCUUGUUGUGGGCAGUCUCAUGUAGGAACUAUUUUCUUUCUACCACACUACUCCUCCCAACUCUAUCACCACACAGAAGGAAGCGAUAAUUCUCUACUAGAUCACCUAGCACCACCGGGCUAGCUAAUGUUACGUUCCAAAUGAUUCUUCAUCGGCCAGCAGAUUACCAUUUUUGUCCUGACUGCACAUAUGUUGACAGAAAUUUUCAGUCUAGUGCAUGUUUCUCCAAUUUCAAAAAUAGGAAUUUCUGCAUGAAAUUCCCCCUCUAUGCUUACAGGAGCCAGGAUCAUGUCUGUUUCCUUAAAGCGCAACACGACAAACCUAAGAAUGACAUCAUGCCCACCAGGCAUUUGUAAGAUAAGAUGUUUUAAUGUUUUUUUUGGUUUCAGUGUGAAUAAAAUGUUUAACAAACACAAUUAUAUCUUGCCAAGUCUGCUCGGAGUUAACCAAAGGAAUAGUUUUAUAUUUUUUCCGCUUUAAAAUAAUCUCAAUUCUAACAUAUUUGCAAACUGGAAAAAUGCAACAGUGCAGCAGUGAUGACUUGAGUCUGUCUCAACCUUCCAUCAGUGGAGUGAUCACGCUAACAAUGGCAACACUUUCACAGUCUACAGUUCAUUUCAUUUCCACUGGGUGUCCACUCCUUACAGACCCACAAAAGAGCGAGUCUGUGACAACCAAUCACACCUGUAAAAAGAAGGCAUCGUACCUAGCAACGGGGUCAACCACACCUCCUCAAUGAGAUAAGGGUUUCUGUCCCUUUGUUUAGGGUGAGGAGCUCUCUGGGAGUAUUUAUCAGAAUGUUUGUGAAUGCGGCCCCAGGAAGUUACUGGUACUGGUAAAACGCUGAAUUGUUGUUGGUAACCUUUGCUUUUUGUACAGAUUAAACAAAUGAAAUGUAAUGUGUUAAUUAAAGAACUUUAGAGCUGUGCUUCCCAACUGGUCCGGACAGAUUUCUCCUUAGUCAUUAGUUAAAGGUCCACACAGUUGGAACACAUUCAGCGCCAUACUUGCGUUUGGCAAUGUGGUUGAGCAACUUUGCUGUCUCUGUCACGUAGCGGUCUGUUAGUCACUCACUCUACAGCAGGAAACACUUCAAAAUAAAAGCUUUGUGCCGGAAAGUCGCUGUACUUUAAAGUUAAGUGUUUUUUUUUUUUUUUACAAACAUGACAUGUUUGCAGGUUAGUCAAUUCAGAAUGGACUCGCAACCCACUUUUGGACAGCGACCAACCAGUUGGGAACCACUGCUUUAUUGGGGCAGAUAGACGGAUUGUGUCACAGCCAGACUGAAAGUGUCCAUACGGUCGGUGUAUGUAACUGUUGUUUCAAUGCUUUUUAACUUAUAAUAUGUACAGAAUAUUUAGCCAACAUUAUCAUGCUUAGGGUUUGUUAAAAGGACGCUUUUCCUGGAUGUUUAAGUUAUUUAAUGAUGCUGGUGUGGAAAAUAUAUACAACUUGUUUUGAAUAAAGCAGAUACAGAAAACAGUGACACAAA